GGCAAUACGGCGAUAUACAUGCUUAGUUCGAUGUUAUGUUCAGUAUUAUGUCCAAAGUGACCGAUAUGUUAAUCCGUGUUUGUCAAUAAGCCGGCCAGAUGUCGACUGGAGUGUAAACACAUCAACAUGCCUCUAACAAGCGCUGGUCAGACUCAGCAACCGCGAGUAAACACCGUACCUCGACCGUGGUCAUAAGUGUCCGAACAAUAUUGGUUUGUUUCGAGUGAUCUGUCCGUCAACAUGGCGGACUGGACAGUGUCCGUGCUGCAAGUGAAUGUGCCUUACAACUUGACGUAUAACGAGACGUACAAUAUAACGUCAAACCAGUCGGAUGAGAUCCCGGACGAUCGGACAUUGGUGAUAUGGCAGAGUGUAGGGAUAGGGGUCGUUAUGUAUGCUGCAGUUCUACUGACAAUCUGUGGUAACAUACUCGUACUUAUCGCUGUUGCUAGGAACAAACGUCUCCAAACCGUGUUCAACAUCUACGUCAUCAAUCUCGCUGUGACGGACUUGCUCGUCGCCGUCACAGCUAUGAGCUUCUACACCACGGAGACAGUCCUUGGUUACUGGCCGUUCGGCGAGUUUCUCUGUGGUGUCUGGAUUUUUGUUGAUUACGGAAUGACUUUUGCGUCAGUUUUUACACUCAUAGCGAUAUCUGUGGACAGAUUCUGGUCAGUGACGUGGAGUCUUCAUUACCGAGCACACCAUAACAAGAUUAAAGCAGUUCGUCUCAUCAUAGCAGUGUGGGUGUCCACCCUGGUUCUCUGGCUACCGGCAUGUAUAAUGGACAGAAUCAACAACUCAGUACCUAACAAAUGUGUGUGGGAACCGUCCAAAAAUAAAGAGUUUGUCGUCGUUAUAGCGACAAUAGGUCAUCACGGAGCGUUCACAGUCAUGGUCGUGUGCUACACCAAGGUCUUUUACACGCUUGUGCAGCGUCAAAAGUGCAGUAUUGGUCAUGCGCGCCUUUCCGAUAGAUCGCCUAGAACAGGAUCUCCUACCAACAUCCGGUAUACGAGACCUGGUAGAGAAAGUCCAGCGGAAGUGUCGAUAGAGAGUCACAUGAAUGCCGACACCUCAAGUGACGCUUCUCACGACAUCCAUAUAGUCAAACAGGAAACAUCGAAUCCACCGUCCAUAUGCAGCAAUGAAAUGGGAAAGGAAAACGGAAAUAAGAGCUAUGGUAUCCACCUUGAGCCAAUAUGUAGUCCAGUGGUGAACUCCGCAACUCAAACGGACGAUGACAGCGAUUAUUUAGACGGUCUAAAUAAAACUGUUGACAAACCGAAAAAACGACAUAGAAGUUUCAUCAGUAGGCACAGCAGAAAGCGGAAACAGAGAAAAGAGGAGGCAAAGUACGAGAGACACGAGAGGCGGGUGUUUACAACCCUUACCUACAUCCUCGCGGGCUAUGUCAUUUGUUGGCUUCCUUUUCAUAUCGUGUUCGACGUCCGGGCCGCCAAACCGGAAGCAAUUUCCUCCAUUGUUUAUAACUUGGCGUUUUGGCUAUCAUACCUGAACUCUAUGAUCAAUCCAUUUUUAUAUAAUUUUAGUAGUUCUGACUUCCGGACUGCAUUCAAACAGUUGUUGUGUAAGAGCCAACCUACGUCAAACGUUAAGUAAACAGGAAAAUACAGCAUACGUCAUCCGGCAUCUCCAGGGCGCAAUACAAAGCAAUACGUUCCAAGUUACGAUAAUGUACUUAUUGAUAAAUACACUAGUAAUGUUAGUGUUCUGUGUGAUACCUGUGCUACUAUAAACAUGGAGUAUACAACCAGACUUUCAGUAAUUGUAUUUGCUGUAGAUUGUUCUUGUUUGUAAACAAACUCCGGGAUUACGAUAAGUGUAUAUUGUAUGCCACAACUACAACACAUGGUCAUUAAUGUGACUGAAAUUAUAGGUGUGGUACAGAAGCUACAGUGUAUUAUAAUCGCUAUACAAAUACUGUGUUAGCUUUGACAUUUGUUACAACACAUCAGGUAUAACAUUGUUCAUAUUGUAUAUCAUUUAAAAGCGAAUGCUGUUGCAUUAUUUCGCGAAACCGGAUGUCUCAAAGUGAGCAGCACUUCGCUCGUUCCCUCGUCCAGAUAGAAAUCAAAAUAACGAUAUCGAAUUUUGUGAAACAUUCACCAUUUCACCUUAUGUUUAUUUUAUUAAUCACUUAAUUGGUAGUCAAUGUUGACCUUCAGGGACCACAUAAUCUAUUAAAAUGACGUCACAAUAGUAAAUUUACCUAAAAUGGAUAAAUUAUUAACGUUCAUUGUUUCGUUAAAAUAUGAGUUAUUUUUAUAAAAGCAUUUUAUGACUGAGCAUAAUUUAUUCGGGGGUCAGAAGUCAUUAUGACACAAUAUCAAGACACGAUAACCUCAUUAUAAGUGUAACAAAUCGACGGUUUCGUGUUGCAGGUUUCGUGUAGGUCUAUGUAGAAUAUUAAUCUGAUGGAUUGUGGUUUGAAUUAAUGUAACUGUAGAACAACUUUUCUUGACGGGUGUUCGCCUGUAGGAAAUACGAUUACAUAUAUAAAUCACAUAAUAACAUAUCAAACUAUAUAAUGGGAAUAAAAUCUGUGAAUUUGUA